ACUGCGAGCCUGGCACCGGUGCUGCGAGCCUGGCGUGGGCACCGGGAGGCUGGCAGGGGCGCUGGGAGGCUGGCAGGGGCACCGCGAGCCUGGCAUGGCCACCCGGCCUCCCGGGGCAGCUCCUCCCUCGCCGGUGGUGCCAAGCGGCUGCGAACCCCCCGUGUCCGUGUCCGUGGCCUCUGGCCGGACCCACCCCCGCCGGGUGACUCAGCCCGAGAGGCUUUUCCUUAUAUAACGCGGCACCGCGCGGAGCCCCACGGAGCGGCCCCUGCCUCAGUUUCCCCUCGCCGGGGCGUCACUGUCACUGCUGCCACAGCCGCCGCUGCCAUGUGGAUGGUGUCACCGCCGGUGGAUGAAGGAUCUGCCUGGCUUUGGGACACGGCAAAGGCGGGGGGUAUUUUCCAGUCCACCAAGAAGCUGGUGCUGAGCGAGCAGGCGGGACGGGGCCGGGCGCUGGAAUUCCUCCGGAAAAACGCGGCCAACGGGCUCUCCGUGGCCAACCUCCUGGCGGGGCUCUCCUCCAUCCUCUGCAGCGUCAACAGGCAAUACCAGUACUCCUGCUGGCUGCUGCUCCUGGGCUUCCUGCUGGAUCUGGCUGACGGGGCCGUGGCCCGGCAGCUCGACGCCUGCUCGGCACUGGGUGCCAAGCUGGAUGACUUUGCUGAUUUCACCACGUUCGGGCUGGGCACGGCGCUGUUGCUGCAGCCCCAGGGCGUGCUGGGGGGGCUGCUGACCCUGGCCUACGUGCUGGCCGUCUUCGCCCGCCUCUGCUUCUUCUCCAGCGGGAUCCCCUUCACCUACCGAGGGCUGCCCUGCCCCUACGCCUCAGCGCUGCUGGCCAGCACCUUCCUGCUCACCGGGGGACACGUGGCCCUGCUCCGCGUGGCCGCGGCCGCCAUGACCCUGUUCAUGGCCGACUGCGGCUUCUACCCCCACGACAGGGUGCUGGAGUCACAGCUCUGGAAGAAACUGGUUUAUGCUGGAGGGGUGGUGGCUGUGCUGCUGGCACCGACGGCGGUGGCUGCGGUUUAUUGCCUGGCCUGGGCCACGUCCUACAUCGUCUUCCCCUUCGCCCUCUGGAGCUGCAAGGCCUGAGCUCUCCCUAGAGCCUAGUAAAGCCUUCCUCAUCCUCA